AUGGCCGAAUCCAUCACCCCAUCAGAAGCCACCAAUCCUGUGGUCUUCUUUGAUAUUGCCCUUGCAGGCGAGGCCCUUGGCCGAGUGAAGAUGGAGCUAUUUGCCCACAAAACUCCACGAACAGCAGAGAACUUCCGCCAAUUCUGUACGGGCGAAACCAAGUCCUCCAAGGGUCAACCACAAGGCUACAAGGGGAGCAAGUUUCACCGCGUUAUUAAAGAUUUCAUGAUCCAAGGUGGUGACUUCAUCAACGGUGAUGGCACGGGAAGUUGUACUAUCUACGGCACUCCCAAAUUCGCUGAUGAAAACUUCGAGCUUCAGCAUGAUCGGCCUGGUCUGCUCAGUAUGGCUAACUCCGGCCCAAACACCAACGGCUGUCAAUUUUUCAUCACAACCACCGCAACCCCAUUUCUAAACAACAAACAUGUGGUAUUUGGCCAAGUCAUUGAUGGACUGGAUGUGGUUCGUAUGAUUGAACACACACGUACCACCAGAGAUAAGCCGAACCAAGAUGUUUCCAUCGUGCAGUGUGGAGAGAUGUAA